AUGAACAACAAAUGCAUGACGAGACAGAUUCAGGCGGCCGAAAAGGUGGAGAAGCAGCUGUACAAGCUGGGGAAACAGUACAAAAAAGUUCUGGAACAGGUCCAAAACAUGGAGCAGGAACUUGGCUCAGCACAGGUGAGGGCCAACAGUACCGAGACGGCCCGGCAAACGGAGUGCGCGGAGCAGCAGUGCAGCGAGGCACAAACCAGCCAUCUUGAACGUCGAGUCAAGGAACUACAGGAGCAGUUGCAACAGGCCUCCAAGCCCGUCGAUGAGAUGGCGCUGCUGAAACAACAGAACGAGACGCAAAUGAAGGAACUUGCGAAACUGGACGUGGAGAAGGCAGAACUGGAGAAGAAACUCAAGGCGCUGGAAGUCGAGCAUCAGAAAGCCCAGGAGAGGUGCAGCAGCACCGAAGGGAAGAUCCAAACGACCAGCAACACAUCGAGGCGAUGGGGCUGGAGAUGGGGAAGAUGUGGAGAUGUGGAAAAUUGGGAUGGAAGUUCACCAUGA